AUUGACUAUAUCUAACAUCAUGGUCAAGUUUCCCACACGCAAAAUCGGCACCGACGAUGUCUCUGCCAUCGGCUUUGGUGCCAUGGGCUUGGGAGCGUAUUACGGUCAGACUGGUUCAGAUGAGGAGCGCUUAAAGGUUCUGGAUAAGGCCUAUGAGCUAGGUUGCACUUUCUGGGACACUGCCAAUAUCUACGGAGACAGCGAAGAGCUCAUUGGUAAAUGGUUCAAGCUGAAUCCCGAAAAGCGGAGCAAAAUCUUUCUUGCCACGAAAUUCGGUAUCGUUAUCAGUGGAUCGGAUGGUAGAGGAGUUGAUGGAUCUCCAAAAUACGUCCACGAGUCAUUUGCAAAAUCCCAGAAGUUGCUUGGUGUUGACAAGGUCGACCUUUACUACUUGCACAGACCUGAUCACGAAACGCCAAUUGAAGAAACUGUCGGUGCCAUGGCAGAGCUUGUCAAACAGGGAAAAGUGAAGUAUCUCGGGCUGUCAGAAUGCACUGCGGACACCUUGCGCCGUGCUCAGAAAGUGCACCCUAUCGCUACCCUCCAAGUGGAAUAUUCGCCUUUCACACUCGACAUCGAGGACUCAAAGCUCAACAUUUUAAACACGGCUCGUGAACUUGGAAUCAAAAUCAUUGCCUACUCGCCUCUAGGGCGUGGUUUGAUCACGGGACAGUAUAAAUCUCCGGAUGACUUCGAAUCCAAUGAUUUCAGGAGAAUGAUUCCCAGAUACUCGAAGGAAAACUUCCCGAACAUUUUGAAGCUUGCGGAUAACCUGAAGAGAGUAGGCGAACAAUAUAACGCAACCGCUGGACAAGUCGGAUUGGCAUGGCUUCUUGCCCAAGGUGAAGAUGUCAUCCCCAUUCCGGGUACAAAGAAGAUCAAGUAUCUCGAGGAGAACCUCGCUGCUAUCAAUGUGUCGUUGAGUCCUGAGUCAGUUCAGGAAGUGCGUACCAUUGCGGAGAAGGCUGAUUGGGUGGUUGGGGAUCGCUAUCCUCCAGCGGCUAUGAAGGCGCUGUAUGCAGAGACCCCACUUCCGAAGAGCAGCUAACGUGUGCUAUGAGUUCGAGCCCUGUAGAGCAUUCUCAAAGAUCGCAACUGGACUUGUGCGUACAUGAAGCAAUGUCAGAUGCGUGUUACGGUCGAAUAAACGGCAGUGCUGAAUCAUCGGCUUGCGUGCAUCCGAACAUCCCACCGUGAUUUUCCUAUAUAAUAAGAACACCCCCUUGUUGGGCUCUUCCACGAUAUAUUGUGUUUACAGCAGCGAUUCGUAGAAAUAUUAGCAUCGUCUCUGCAGAUAGACAGUGCGUCCCUUCGCGUUCCCACUCUCGACAAUGGUCGAGCAUGGUUCUUUGUCAAGCCUUGACAUUAAUUCCAUGUAGUAGUUGCA